AUGCCGACAUUUUGGAAGGAGCAGGCACAUGUGCGCCGACUCUACAGCGCACCAGACAGCACUAGCGAGCUCCUUGCCACAUGCGACAAGACCUACGUGCCUUCCUUGGCCUACGCAGCCUCGACCAACUCCGCUGUGGUGGUGGCUGAGGACGACGCGACGGCGCCACGAGUGCAGCUUCCUUUCCCAGCCAUCGAUCUUGCGUGGUGCCCCUUCAAGAAAGGCACCGAAAAUGCGGCUUACGCGACGGCGUGCCACAGCCAGCCUAUACAGAUAUGGGACCUCGAGGACGCCGAGCUGCGCGCCUCGUACACCGCGACGAACGACAGCGACUACCAUGUUCACGCACACGCAUUGUGUUGGUUCAAGGCGCCGACGCACCAGCACUGGAUCGCUGGCGGCUACGGCGGCUUCGAGGAUGUCACUCAGGUGCGCGUGUUCGACAUCAUGGCUGAGGGCAGUCAGCCCAUCUGGACAUACAGCGACAGGCGCGGCAAGGGGAUGGUGUCCGCUAUGCAUGAUUGUCAGUGGCAGGGCACAGUCUCGCUGCUGGCGGUGGGGAGCUACAACGCGCCGUCGGUGCACCUCAUCGACUGCCGGAAGCGGUGCCCGGUGGCGGAGUUGCAUGGGCUUAAGCGGGGCGUGCAGGUGAUACGAAGCGGCAUCGAAGGCUCCGACCCAUACUGCGUCUACGCAGGGGGAAGUCAAGGAGAUAGCCGCAUCGCGUGCUGGGAUGUGCGCAAGCCAUGCGCGCCACUCUUCACACUAUCCAGGCCCGUCCACACGAACCAAGUCUUCGAGUUUGACCUGCUCGAUUUGCACCCCACCGCUGCCUCCGAUGACGGCGCUUCUGGUUGCUCGCGUGGUCUUGUGUCGACCUGCUCUACGGGCGGAGUGUUGUUAUACCGGUGGCGGCCAGGAGAUAUACCAUCUGACGGCACAGAGGUGCACAUUGGCGCCUCUGUGGGCCCGACGAGUGGCCUGGCAGUCGUGGGGCCCGAGACGGUCGUGGUGAGCACCGGUAGCCGCACGUACGACGUAUGCCCCGAUGCGUCCAAGGAGAGGGCCUGCACCCUUGUUCAGCCCCUGCCCUGCCGUGACAGCGAUCAUGGAGACGAAACGUUUCGACCACACUUUCCGGCUCAUCGGCGCCAACGCUCGCCGAUGCAGGACGGGUCAGAUGAGGAGUCCAGCUUGGCAAAGCUCGAGCCUCUCCGUACCACUGAGGCAACGAAUAUUGCGGUUCUCUCGCUUACGCAACGACACACGUGA